AUGGGUUUCAUCGGAGAUUCGAUCGGUUCGUUGAAGUCCAUUAAUGUCAGACAAGCAUUAGAGCAGGCCAUCACCCUGGGUAUGAUUGUUUCAUCUGCACUAAUUCUAUGGAAAUUUCUGAUGUGUGUGACUGGUAGUGAAUCACCUGUUGUAGUUGUUCUUUCUGAAAGCAUGGAGCCUGCAUUCCAAAGGGGAGAUAUUCUGUUCUUACGAAUGGGUGAAGACCCUAUUCGAGCAGGUGAAAUUGUUGUGUUCAACAUUGAUCGUCGUGAGAUUCCCAUUGUUCAUCGUGUGAUCAAGGUUCAUCAACGUAAUGAUACAUCAGAUAUUGAUAUUCUUACAAAAGGGGAUAAUAAUCCUACGAAUGACCGAGGUCUAUAUGCGCCAGGUCAGCAAUGGCUUCAAAGGCAGCAUAUCAUGGGUAGAGCUGUUGGGUUUUUACCUUAUGUUGGUUAUAUUACAAUCGUAAUGACUGAAAAACCCAUUAUAAAGUAUGUUCUUAUCAGUGCUUUGGGUUUUCUGGCUCUUACAUCUAAAGAUUGAUAACCAAGAUUCCAGAAGUUUCCAGUUCUUUACACAUAUUUAUCAGAGGUUAAUUGGUAGUUGAGAAUAGUUGUUCUGAAUAGAUUCAAUCUUAACAUCAACAAAAUAAAACCAGUCAUUUGAGGUUGGAUGUUAUGUUAUAGCUGUCCAUUUUUUCAUUCAAGUUGAAGAAAGCUAAAUUUGUUGGGUUUUACGUGUCCUUUAUAAAGAUUUUUUAAAGUUUUAGUUAACAAUCAAAUAUUUUUAUUCAAAAACAAUUCCACUUGGCAUUAUAGUUUGUUCAAAACACAUGUAAGAAGCGAGGUUCUAUAUUCUAAGACUACUUUUAGUGGUAGCUUUUGGCAAA